UUCACUAUACGGCUACAUAGGAGCGGAAAUCAGCCAGAAACAAAGGAGGCUCUCUAUUUGAUUUUGGACAUCAAUCUCCUACACUAAAACUCACUUACAAUUCCCCAACAUGGCGGGUAAAGAUGUGGUUGUGACCGGAGCCACUGGUCUCCUCGGAAGACAGGUAGCGCGGGCGUUUGACAUGAAGAGUUGGAACGUCAAGGGUACGGGAUACUCUCGCGCCGAUGGCGUUUCCGUCUUCAAGGUCGACCUCGGCAAGACCUCUGAUGUCGAAAAGUUUCUGGAUGAAUCCAAGCCACAGGUAGUCGUGCACUGCGCCGCUCAGAGGUUCCCAGACAAGGUAGACAGCGACCCGGACGCCGCCCGCGCCCUCAACGUCGAGGCCACGCGGUCCCUCGCCAAGCUCUGCGCCGCCCGCUCGACCCUGCUCAUCUAUAUCUCGACCGACUACGUCUUCUCGGGAAAGCAGGGAGACGCACCCUACGAGGCCGACGCGGAGACGGGGCCGACGAACCUCUACGGCCAGACCAAGCUGGAUGGCGAGCGCGCCGUACUGGAGGAGUACGAUGCUGCUGGCCGCGCGGGGCUGGGUCUUGUCCUCCGUGUGCCUGUACUGUACGGCAAGGCGGACACGCCGGCCGAGAGCGCGACUAACGUGCUCAUGGACACGCUGUGGAAGACGCAGGACGGGGGCGCCAAGGUGAAGAUGGAUCACUGGGCGAUUCGGUACCCGACCAACACGGAAGAUAUUGGGCGCGUGUGUCACGAUAUCGCCGACAAGUACCUCGGGGCCGAGGACCGUAGCUCGUUCCCCAAGAUCCUGCAGUUUUCUAGCGAGGAUAAGAUGACAAAGUACGAAAUUUGCCAAAAGUUUGCGGAUAUUAUGGAUCUCUCCAUGGACGGCAUCAUUGCCAACACGGAGGGCAACGACCCGAACGCGAGCGUGCAACGGCCGUACGACUGUCAUCUUAGCACGCGGGCUCUCAAGGACCUGGGCAUUGAUGUGUCGACAAGUGACUUUGUCGGAUGGUGGAGACGCGAGGUUCAUGCUUUCCGACACUGAAUGUGGCUUCAUCGUGUCUCACUGGGAUAAGUGUGUAUAUCUGGACAACCUCGGUGCGCAGACUUGAACCCGACUGGACUUGUAUCGAAGGGAACGCUGUGAUGUCGCGUGGAAGGCGGUGGCUUCACGGGACAAGGGCGUCUUUGGUCGCAGAUAGGAUGUGCCCCUCUCUCAUCGGGUUUUCACAGGAUGCUUAAAUGGUGUUGAAUCGCAACGAGUCGAUACAAUAGCAGAGACAUCAAUAAGUGGCAUAUCUGGGUUUAGGCUAUUUGAAUUGUCUCAUGCGGCUAUACCCAGCAGUAGUCACAGAAUGCGAAAGAGAAAAGUAACAAGGAGG